AUGCCUCCGAGAUGUGGUAGACCUGUCCGUUUGCCGGUGAGGGAAGAACCCCCUCCACCCGAGCAUGCACCACCAGAGUUUCAACAGCAGUUCUUUGAUACGAUGUGGCGUCAGUACCAGAUGAACAUGCCAUAUCAGGCUGGAGCUAGACCAGAGGGUAUUCCACCCCCACCUCCAUCGGGACCACCAGGGCAUCUAGCCCCUGUUGUGGUGGAUUACCUGCCCUUGAUACGGGAACUUCGGAUGAUGGGGACACCGAGGUUCGAGGGUACCCAGAGACCUGAGAUCGCGGAGGAUUGGCUGAUCCGCAUCUCCAGGGAUCUGGAUUAUGGAGAUGAGGCAUUCCUCGUGGUAGUGACAGCUACCCAGGAGAUGGAGAUGAGGUUGGGUGAGACACCUGUAGUUCGUGAUUUUCCUGACGUCUUUCCGGAGGAAUUGCCAGGGCUACCACCGGAGAGAGAGGUGGACUUUUGCAUUGAUGUGAUUCCAGGUACGGAACCGGUAUCUAAGACUCCGUACCGGAUGGCUCCAACAGAGAUGGCAGAAUUGAAGAAGCAGUUGAAUGAGUUGAUGGAGAAGGGAUUCAUUCAGCCGAGUGUUUCGCCUUGGGGAGCGCCCGUGCUAUUCGUCAAGAAGAAGGACGGUAGCAUGCGAUUGUGCAUUGACUAUCGAGGACUUAAUCAGGUAACCAUUAAGAAUCGGUAUCCACUGCCGAGGAUUGAUGAGUUACUUGAUCAGUUGCAGGGUGCACAGUGGUUCUCGAAGAUAGAUUUGCGCUCGGGAUAUCAUCAGAUUGGUGUGAAGGCCGGGGAUGUGCAGAAAACGGCUUUCCGUACACGGUAUGGACAUUUUGAGUUCGUCGUUAUGCCUUUUGGACUGACGAACGCUCCUGCAGUAUUUAUGCAGUUGAUGAACCGUGUAUUCAUGGAUUACCUCGACGAGUUUGUCAUCAUCUUCAUUGAUGACAUAUUGAUCUACUCACCGGAUCGAUGCAGCCAUGAGCAACACUUGCGUCUGGUAUUGCAGCGUUUGAGGGAGCAGAAGUUGUAUGCGAAGUUCAGCAAGUGUGCUUUCUGGUUGCAGGAAGUUGGAUUUCUGGGCCAUGUGAUUUCGGCUCAGGGCGUACAAGUGGAUCAGGCAAAGAUUGAGGCUGUGAUGGAGUGGAAGACGCCUACCAAUGCCACAGAGAUCCACAGUUUCUUGGGAUUGGCCGGGUACUACAGGAGAUUUGUCGAGGGUUUUGCCAAGUUAGCAAAACCAAUGACAAAGUUAACAGGGAAGAAUGUGCGGUUUGAUUGGACACCGGAGUGCGAAGUGAGCUUUGUGGAGCUCAAGAAACGACUCACGACCGCACCUAUCUUGGCAUUACCACAGCCAGGUAUACCGUAUGAGGUGUAUACCGAUGCGUCGAAGCAAGGCUUGGGUUGCGUAUUGAUGCAGGAAGGACAUGUGAUUGCAUACGCAUCCCGACAGCUGAGGAAACAUGAGGAGAAUUAUCCGACGCACGAUUUGGAGCUGGCAGCAGUGGUACAUGCGUUGAAGAUUUGGAGAUCCUAUCUAUAUGGAGAGAAGGUUAAGCUCAACACUGAUCACAAGAGCUUAACCUAUGUGAUAUCGCAGAAGGAUCUGAAUCUUCGACAGCGUAGAUGGAUUGAGUUGAUAGCUGAUUAUGACUUGGAAAUCGCAUAUCAUCCGGGCAAGGCGAAUGUAGUCGCAGAUGCCUUAAGUCGGAAGAAGAUUCUAUCAGCUAUUCAGAUACUCUCAUCUUCGCAGGAGAACAUAGUUGAGUUAUCGGCUAUGUUAGGACAUAUGGAAAUCGAGGAGGAUCAUGAUUUGAGUUUGAGGAGACGUGUGAUAGAGGGACAGAGUCAUGAUCCGGAUUUGCAGAAGAUUAUUGAGGAAAUUAGCAGAUAUGGUGAGAAGGGAUAUCAGAUAGAUGAGGAGCAUGCAUUGAGGCUCCAUCAGCGACUUUGUGUACCAGCAGACCUUGAGCUGAGACAGGACAUCUUGCGAGAGGCACAUCAGUCUCGAUUGGCCAUACAUCCGGGAGCCAGCAAGAUGUACCAGGGUUUGAGACAGUGGUACACAUGGCCAGGGAUCAAGAGGGACGUUGCAGAGUUUGUAGCCCAUUGCUUGAUCUGUCAGCAGGUGAAAGCGGAGCGACAGAUGCCCAGUGGGAAGUUACAGCCAUUGGAGAUUCCAGAAUGGAAGUGGGACUCGAUUGCGAUGGAUUUUGUGGUUGGAUUACCGACGACCCCAGCGAAGAAGAAUGCUAUUUGGGUGGUCGUCGAUCGAUUGACGAAGUCCGCACAUUUCAUUCCGAUUCGACAGGAGUAUACAGUGGAGAAGCUGGCACAUAUUUAUAUUGAUGAGAUUGUCCGCUUGCAUGGAGUUCCGAGUGAGAUCGUUUCAGAUCGUGAUCCCCGGUUUACCGCGCGACUAUGGGGUGCCCUACAGAGCGCGAUGGGAACUCAGCUGAGGAUGAGUACUGCUUAUCAUCCUCAGACAGACGGGCAAUCGGAGCGAACCAUUCAGACGCUCGAGGACAUGUUGAGAGCGUGUAUUCUGGAAUGGGGAGUUCCUUGGGAUAGGUACCUGACGUUGUGCGAAUUUGCGUACAACAACAGCUACCACGCCAGCAUAGGUAUGCCACCUUACGAGGCCUUAUACGGACGGUCUUGUAAGACGCCUUUGUGUUGGACGGAGAUCGGAGAGCGACGCAUCUUUGGACCUGAGAUUGUGGAAGAAACGACAGAGGUUAUCCGCAAGAUCAAGGUCAAUCUGAAGGUCGCACAGGAUCGCCAGAAGUCUUAUGCGGACCGGAGAAGAAGAGACUUUACAGUUGAGGUGGGCGAUCUUGUAUUUCUCCGAGUACAGGCGAUUAGAGGGUAUACGCGAUUUGGAAAGACGGGGAAACUCAAGCCGCGUUACAUUGGGCCGUACCCUGUGAUUGCGAAGGUCGGGGCUGUAGCGUACCGGUUGGACCUACCUCCAGAGCUCGGUCGCAUCCACGAUGUAUUCCAUGUAUCUAUGUUGCGGAAGUACAUCGCGGAUCCUUCGCAUAUAUUGCAGCCACAGGAGAUUGAGCUUACCAGUGAUGUCAGAAUCCGCGAUCAACCACUUCAGAUCUUCGAAUCCAGCUGCUGGGGAGGGAGGGGGUGUUUUCUCGGUUGGGAGGGUGUUGCUCUCUGGACUCCUGUCACCGGGCCUCUAAAGGCUGCUCCCGAGCCCGAAGGGAUGUAG